AUGGCCCCAGAGCCUGUUAUUGCUCCUGAUCCUACACUAGAGCAUCACCCUGUUCGUGAUGAUGCACCAGCCAUUACACCUCUUGUUGAUGAUAUACCCAUUGCUGAUCUUCCCGUUGUUGCCCCACCAUUGGUGGAUGAUCCUGUUGUUGAUGUACCAUUACCUGAUCCCGUGCCGGUAUUGGUCGACCAUGCACCUUUUGCUGCUCACAUAUAUCCUCGUUACGCCGACACCCGCAACGGGUGGAUCGAUGACGAUGACGAUUACCCACCGUUUGUGCUACCUGUCACUCCUCCAGUAGCACCUGUUUCUGCACCCACUGAUAUUCCAUUGUUUCCCCCACACACCACGAAUGUUCAUCGCACUGAUCUUCCCAUUACGUUCCUCCAGGACAUACCGCCACCUCGUCCUGGAGAGGGGUCAUCGAGGCAGCCGCCUGUUUCUGUUCCACCCAUGACUAGAUAG